CUGGAAUUGCUGAACACACUAUCCACUCAAGCUUGCAUUUGCCAAGGCAGUGGAAAAUGGCGGUUUCCCUUUCGGCACUCAGCACCUCCCUCUCUUCACUUUCUUUCUCUUCCCACAUUUCUCAGAGACCCAACACUCUCUCCUUCGCCACAACGCUCUCCCUCUCGCGCUUCCCCAAAAUCCCUUCCCUCGUCGUCUCCGCCACUGCGCUCGCCGAACCGGAAACCGAAGACCUCAAGAAGUUCGUCAAAUCGAGGCUUCCUGGUGGCUUCGCCGCCCAGACCAUCAUAGGCACCGGUCGCCGUAAGAGCGCCAUCGCUCGCGUCGUUCUCCAGGAAGGAACCGGCAAAUUCAUCAUCAAUUACCGCGACGCUAAGGAAUAUCUUCAAGGAAACCCAUUGUGGCUUCAAUACAUUAAGGUCCCUUUGAUAACUUUGGGAUAUGAAAGUAGUUAUGAUGUUUUUGUCAAAGCUGAGGGUGGUGGCUUGUCUGGUCAGGCACAGGCAAUUUCUCUUGGCAUUGCCCGUGCCUUGCUGAAGGUGAGCGAAGAUCAUAGAUCACCAUUGAGACAGGAAGGACUUCUUACCAGAGAUUCCAGAGUGGUUGAGAGGAAGAAAGUUGGUUUGAAGAAAGCUCGUAAAGCCCCUCAAUAUUCCAAACGUUGAGGUUGGGAUUUUACAUAUUUUCGUUAGAGAAAGUAAAGAGAGAUUGAGAAGUAUCCCAAGGCGUGUAAUGUAUUCAGAAUCUUGCCAUCCGUUUCCCCAUCCCUUGUUUCCUUGAUCUGUAUGGAAUUGGAAUUGUAGGUAUGAUGAUAUUUCUCUUUCACCCCCAACCAAACUAGUGGUUUACUACCAUAGUGCAGGUUUCUUUUCCUGACCUAAA